AUGAGAACGAGGGUUCCAUUCAUUGAAGCCUUCAAGAAACAACAAGAUGAGACAAGCAAGUCUCCACCAGUGCCUGCUGAGAAGGUGGAGAGAGACUUAGCUCCUAAAACAAUGUCCGAUAGUUACACAAAAAUUAUAUUACCUCUGGCUCGGGACCCAUGGCUUCUGGACUCUUAUAUCAAUUCUUCUGGUCACAUACGUCUUGGAACCAUUUUCAUGGAUCUGGAUGCGCUUGCCGGAGUUGUGUCUUACAAGCACACUGGAGAUGCUGGAGUCAUGACUGUCACCGCAGCAGUGGAUCGAAUCACUUUAGCGCAUCCAUUGAAUGAGAUUUGUGAUUUAGAACUCAGCGGGAAAGUCACCUUUGCUACGGGGAGAAGUAGUAUGGAAGUCUCAUUACAAGUUGCUAAAGCUCCCGAGGAGGGGAAGGAGGUGCAGGACAGCGAUAUUCUGAUGACUUGUGCUUUUACCAUGGUAUCUCUGGACCCUGCAACAAAAAAGCCUGUAGCAAUUGCUCCCCUCAAGGCCACCUCUCCAGCAGAAGAACGGCUCUUCGCCCAAGGCCAAGCAAACUACGACCUCAAGAAAUCCCUUGCCUCCCAAGCACUACGCAAGCAAACGCCCAACGAUGAAGAAAGCGACCUGAUCCACGCUCUUUGGCUCGCUCAACUCGACUACCGUGAUCCCUCGACCUCAGCACGGAAGCCAUCUGACGCAGUUUACAUGUCCUCCACGACCAUCCACUCAGUGCAAAUAAUGCAACCACAAUUCCGAAACCGUCACAACUUCAUGAUAUUCGGCGGCUUCCUCCUGAAAUCAACUUUCGAAUUGGCAUUUACCUGCGCCUCAGCAACUUCCCACACACGCCCGACAUUCAUUGCCCUGGAUCCCUCAACCUUCCUCCAUCCCGUCCCCGUUGGCUCAGUACUCUACCUAACAGCAACAGUCGCCUACUCGGACUCCCCACUCGUCCCAGCUGGCGAGGCAAAGGCCAGUCCCAAAGGCAGCUCCCGGAUCCAGAUCAGAGUUGACUCGAAGGUGAGGGAUAUCGAGCAUGGAGUGACGAAACCGACAGGCACGUUCAGCUAUACCUUUGAGGUCAAGAAAGAGAUUAAGGUUAUUCCGGAGACGUAUGCGCAGUAUAUGCUGUUUUUAGAUGCGAGGAGGAAGUAUCAACUGUCGGGUGGGAUGGUGGAGAGGAAGAAGGGGGGUGUGAUGGAGUAG